AUGCCACCAAAGCGAGCAUGCGAUAUCUGCUAUCGUAGAAAGGUGAGGCCGCUGAAGUCACUCAUCCAAUGUCUUAUCCCUGCAGAGGGGCCUCCGUGCGACUGGUGCAGCCAUCAUGAUUCCGAAUGCACCUUUCACCGUGAUGCGCCACGAAGGAAGAAGAAAGCCAAGGUAACGUUGGGCGACGUCCAAGGUCUCAACGAUCGCAUACAGGAGCUCGAAGAUGCGCUAGCCAAGGCAAAUUCGCAGCAACCAACUCAACCAGACACCCCUAGUCGAGGCCAACCAACUUCAGCGAUAUCCGUAUCCGAGGAGACUUCAAACUCAGUAUCUGUCCAAAGUCCAAUUCCAGCAGCUAUUCAGAGCUCUAUUGCUUUUUCCGAGCAAUCAAUCUCUCCACUGGUCUUCUCUCAAACCCCCGCCAGUGUUGAUGACACUCACACAACACCACCAGCAGAUGGCUCCCGGCCCGGCAGCUAUGUCGGCCCCAACUGGUUCUUCAGAGGCAUCCACGCAUUCUCCGAAGACGGGCGCAGAUGGAUUUCCUCCAAGACUGGUCAAAUCAUCGAUUGGAGUAAACUUCAGAUAUUCACACCAAAGCCAUCACCUUUCGCGAGGAGACAUGCGCAACUUUCGCGAGAUCAUUGCCAACUUCCAGAUCAGGCUUCUUUAAGAGCGCUUUUGUCUUCGUACUUCAUGUCAUCUUUCCGCUUAAGAUACCCACUCAUUGACAAAGUUCUCUUCGAAGAGACAGUCAACGAGGCUUAUGAAGAUCCCGACAAUAUUUCACCUUCACCGAUUUGUCUGGCUGCCCAGGCCUGCGUCUUCGGUGUCGUCAGCCUCAUUACAUUACUGCCAGACGCUCAGUCUGGUUCUCCAGGGCUAGACGGCAAUGAGAGCGCAGCCAGAGCCAGCUAUCUUCUCAGUCAACUUGUCGGAUAUUCAAGCAUGUGCAACGUCUCUUAUGCGGUUAUUGGCAAGAAGCCGAUUCGCUACUACCAGGAGCUUGCCGUACUGUCGGUGCACUCGGUGGGCAUCUUUAUCAGCCCUCGAAGGCCCUUACAGUAG